AUGCCUGCCUCAUCACGCAAGUCGAAGGGGCGUCGCCCAGGAUCCAGCACGGAUGAACUGCAAAGUCAAGCAGGCACCGCCGGCGGUCGAUCGGCAUCCAGUAGCCCGAAGAGUCUUCGGGCACUGAUGAGCAGCAAUCAGCCCCCGCCCGAGAUACAGGCGAGCAUCGCUUUGGCCAUGCGCCAAAAGCAGCAACGCCAGCACAACAACAAGCCCCCGCUCAGUGGCAGCAUAUGGUCCUUCGCAUCGGGAAUGCACCUCUGUGCUGCCGCUUACCUCGACGAAGCUCCAGCACCAUCCUCUGCAGCGUCCACAAUGUCGUCGACUUCGGACAAGGACGCAAACUCGCUGAGUUUGAGCGCGAGUUUGUCAUCUCCACGAUCGCGUCAGAGUUUAAAAGGCAACUCGGUCCUUGGAAAGACCAAGUCCUUGAUGUUGUCCACUGCAAAGCGUGGAAGCUUCAGUCAGCUCUCUAGGCCAUCCACCUCAUCUGGUCGUGUGGCGGGAGACAAUCAUGCUACCACCACCACCACUUCGAAGCUGCCUGCGGUGGACAAAGAGCGUGCCACCCCCGACAUAACCAGGCGCAAGUCCACCACAUCUGAAAAGCAUUUGGGCAGCAUCUCAAAGACUCCACCCCCUGCGCUCAGGCAUCAACGAUCGUGCGGCUUCGAGUCGUUGAAAAGCAGUCAAGCGCUUAGCAUUCAACCUCGAUCUGUGGGCUCGAUGAGCGCUCUCGCAGUACCUGGCGAGCCGCUGAUCACGGCAAUCAAGACUAUAUGCAUCGCUUCGGACUGGGACGACAAGGUCCUUGCACUGAAUGCCGAGCUCGCUUUCAUGCAUUCUCAGGCGACGCAGACGCAUGCUCUGAGCAAAUCCUCAGCAUUCUAUCUCCUCGUCCUGACUUCAGGCUCGGAUGCAUCUAGGCAGUCUUUGCCAGCAGAUCCGUCGGAAAAGCGCAUCUCGACGCUCUCGUUCCUCGGUAUGCACAGAGACCAGAUCGAAGCCAAUGCUCCAGUCGUGGUGCGGAGGACGUGGAAAGAGCUGGAGCUACUCGACGCCCAUCUGCAUGCCUCUCUAGAGGUGCUGUUGACAAGACCAGAGCACACCAGCGUCACUCGACUAGCGACGUUUCUUGAGAGCAAAGCGAAGGAUGGCUUGGUAAAGCCUAGCAAUGUUGAGUCCACUCGAAGCCUGCGCAAACGACUCUUCUCGCCUACGAAGAGGAAGGAGGAUCAUGUUGAGCCUUUUGCGUUGAUGAAUACUGCAGCGACCACUUUGGAUUCUGCCGACUCGGGCCACUCGUCGAUGCAGCGGGUGAUGGCAUUCAAACGAGCGCUAGAUGAUUACUGGCAACGACUGUUCGAAACUUGCGGUGACGCUCUGGCGACGUCAAGAGCAGUAUCGGAUUUCUUGUGAGUUCAAAAGCCAUCUUUGCGCUACGCGUGUGCUUUACCACUCACAUUCACUUCUUCGUAUCGCAUUCGAUCAGUGCCCUUCGUUUAGGCGAUCCAGUCAAGCUGAGCACGCCCCCCAAAGAGAUGUCAGACCAUCACCGCAUCUCCGUCUUCGAUCUCAACGCUCCGAUCACUUCGGAGCAAAAAGACUCAAAUGCAAAUCCGGAGAACAGCGCACAUUCGGACAUCGAAAGCGCGAAGAGCCUUCGCUCAAAGCUUAGCUCGAGCAGUAGUUCAAAGAGCUUGCGCGUUAUGUUGAAGCCCCCAGCAUCGCCAACCUCGUUGCGUAGCAUAGCAACGUUUGGCAAGCCAUCACACUUCGAUGACUGGCGCACGCCAAGAGGGUCUUGGGGCGAUGGAGGCUACUACAAACGGGUAGAAGGCAAAAGUAGCAGUCCACCCCAAGACACGACCUUCAGGCCGCACGUGAGCCAGCGUCGACCUGGUACUGCUCUACCUCACGGUGCGCAAGCGCUGCGCAAUGUCUUGGAGGAAGACAACAAAGGGGUGGCCCAAAAGCCUCGACUUGGCGUGCCGAAUCAACUUAAUCUGGCGCGUCAAACCGAACGCCGUGCUACAGAGGGAACGUUGACGCACGUGCCUCGCUCUCGAGUUUUGAGUCCCUCAGCCGGCCGGCUCGUCCGACCCAGGACGGCAUCCGAAGCCGAGACAAGCAGUCGGUUACAUCGCAAGGACAAGAAGGGGGGGCGCACAUCGCUUACAUCGACCACCGACCUGGCAGAUGCGGAGAUACGCUUUAUUGGCGUGACAAAUCCCUAUGCACGAGAACGCUUCGGGACCUCCUUCCACGUCAUUGGUCGUGAGCCUGCUCGUCAUGUGAAUAUAGACGGAAGGCCUCACACAGCAAAAGGACUCGACCCAGCUGCCAGCGGCUGGGCGACAUUUGAACAGGCGGAUAGUCGGCCACGCGCUUCCGCAGUCGAGCAACGAUCAGUCUCGGGUCCAGCAUCGGCGCCUUCCUUGAAAACUCAAUCGGACAUUGUGGAACUCUUGAGAACCGAAACUCGCAGUUCGACAUCCGACAACAAGUCCAAAGAACCGAGCGCGCAUAAUACUACGGCAGGUCUGCAGUUGAUGUCAGCGACUGAUCGAAUACCUUCAGUGGAACAUUCAGCCCACGUCAGGACUCAUUCUAGUAUGUCUUCCACCCCGUCAGUCAUAGAUGCGCUUUUCAGCGCAGCUGUCCAGACCUUGAGCCCUACCGUAGAGCUGGACGCAGAAUAUCGCGAGCCCGUCAGCGAGCUAGAGGCUGAGCAUGCUUCGCGACACAGUCCGAACCCCUUGACCCUCACGACGAGCUGCCAAGAUGCUGGGCCGAGAUCAAGCGCGGAUUCAAUUCACAGCUGCGAAUGCUCCGCGCGACGCUCACACGAGGAUGAAGCAGUAUCCUCGUCACUCGCUGUGCCGGAUCAUUUUCUGCUCACAGAUCCCUGCUCGUAUGCGCAACGAAUGCUACGACAAACAAGGCUCUGCAAUGGUGAUCUUUUCGAUGAGAAUAGGAGCUCUGUGA